CUCCGCCUACUUUUCAUAUUCAGCCGGUCAGUGACCAAUCUACGUGUAAUGCAGUUACAGCGUUUGGGCACGCUCUUUUGUGGUGUGCAAUAGUUUAGAGAAUUCAUUUUUAUUUUUAUCACAUUUACAAUUACCAGGAUAAGACAGUAAACACAAUGUUUAAGUUUAUAAAGGCUAAAGGGCCCCAUCAAAGUGCUGAGCGGCAAAAAUUGCAGAAAGAACUCUUUUUCUAUAGAAGGACUCUCCAACACGGAUUUCCACACAAACCGACAUCUCUAGCUUGGGAUUCAUCGCUGAGAUUAAUAUGUAUAGGAACGGCAACUGGCGCUAUCAAAGUCUUCGGACAACCAGGGGUAGAAUUCUACGGGCAGCAUCAAAACCCCAUCGCCGUUACGAAACUAGUCUUCCUCCCUAAUCAAGGUAGAGUUGUCUCUCUAUGCGACGAUAAUUCACUCCAUCUAUGGGAAGUCAACAAAAGCUCCUUGGUAGAAGUUAAAUCACAGGCUCUAGAGGGCAAACUUAAAAAAAUAUCAACGAUGUGCCUGGAAUCUGCGGGGAAACACUUGUUGUUAGGCACGGAAGGUGGCAAUAUAUAUUUAUUGGAUUUGAAUACAUUUACCAUGACACCCGAUAUUAUUUACCAAGAUGUUGUUAUGCAAAAUGUUCCACAAGACUAUAAACUUAAUCCAGGAGCCGUUGAGUCAAUAUUCGAGCAGCCAGAUCAACCCAACAACAUUCUAAUAGGUUACAACAGAGGCCUUAUAGUACUUUGGAAUAGGGUCGAUAAUACAGCAGUGAAGACUUUUAUAGCAAACCAACAGUUAGAAUGUUUGUGCUGGAAGGAAGACGGUCGAAAUUUUUUCAGCUCACAUAAUGACGGCAGCUACAUGGAAUGGAACGUCGAUCAAUCCGAAAAACCCAUCAGCGAGCCGGUGACUACGUACGGACCCUAUUCCUGUAAAAGCAUUCCCAAAAUUUUGAGCCGAAAACUCGGUGACGACAAUCUGUUGGUAUUCUCCGGAGGUCUGCCCAGAUCCUACAGCGAUAAAUUCACGGUUUCUGUAGCUCACGGGGAGAAACACACGGCCUUCGAUUUUACUAGUAAAGUUAUUGAUUUUAUUCUAAUCGAAUCUAAAGGGCACGACGAAUCGGCAGCUAGUAACGGCAGUGUAGAAAAUAACACAGCUAAGGGAGAACCAGAAACAUUGAUAGUUUUAGUCGAAGAAGAAAUAGUAGCUAUCGAUUUAAAGGAUGAUGGUUGGCGAAUGAUGGAUUUGCCGUAUUUGGCAUCUCUACACGCGUCAGCUGUCACUUGCAGCCAAUAUGUUUCAGGAGUUCCGGAGGAACUGUGGGAGCACCUUAAAGACGCCGGCAAAGUGCAGACCAGCCAUCUCUACUCGAAUCGUUCUUGGCCUGUGGACGGAGGAAGCCUUCUUUGUUCCAAAGGAGCUGUACCUAAACGAGAGUUGCUACUGACAGGUCACGAAGAUGGAACCGUCAAAUUCUGGGACGCCGGAGGUGUUACUUUUACUUUAAUUUACAAAUUCAGCACGGCUCAGUUUUUCUCUGGUGAUGAUCUUGAAGAAGUACAUCCUGAUCCAGAAGACCUUGAAGAUGAAUGGCCUCCUUUUAAAAAAACAGGCAUCUUUGAUCCCUACUCCGAUGAUCCAAGAUUGGCAGUCAAACGAAUAACCCUUUGUCCAUUGUCUGGUACUUUGGUGGUUAGCGGCACCGCAGGACAAACUGUAGUUGCCAAAUUCGAUACUGAAGUACUAGAAGGGCCUUUAAAAGUUUCAUCGAUGAACAUUGUCAGUGACAGAGAUGGAUUCGUUUGGAAAGGACACGGACAACUAACCCCAAAACAAGGCAGUAUAAGCCAAUCUAGAGGAUUCCAAGCAACUGCCAUUCUUCAAGUUCAUCCACCCGCAGCUAUCACAUGCAACGUUCUUCAGGCAGAUUGGGGAUUGGUUUCAGUCGGCACAGCUCAUGGACUUGCACUUUUGGAUUACAUCAAAAACAAACCUAUCCUGGUCAAAUGUACUCUUAAUCCUAAUGAUCUCACUGGAGCGGGCGACACUCCAAUAUCCCGACGAAAAUCCUUCAAAAAGUCUUUAAGAGAGUCGUUCAGGCGUCUAAGGAAAGGUAGAUCCCAGCGUCGGAACACUAAUAAAGACGACAAAAAAUCAGCUACUUCCCCGCCAACUAAGAGAACUUUACCGGCGGCUACUGAUGAGAAUGUAAAUCCUUUGGAGGCCAAACCAGUUGAACGACAGAUCGAAGCAAGACCAGCUGAUGAUUCCAUGGGAUCUUUUGUAAGGUGUUUGUACUUCGCCAGAACAUUUUUAGUCAGUGUGCAAAACACCAACCCCACACUUUGGGCAGCUACAAAUAAUGGAACUGUCUACGCCUUCACCAUAACAGUUCCGUCGUCUUCGAAAAGAGACACAGAUGACGUUUCGUGCAUGCUAGCGAAAGAAAUUCAGUUAAAACACAGGGCUCCAGUGAUAGGCAUAGCCGUAUUGGAUGGAUCAAGUAAACCCCUUCCGGAACCUUUAGAAGUAGAAAAAGGAGUGGCACCACUGCCGGAUACAACUCAGGCACAUCGAGUUGUUAUCGCAUCAGAAGAACAAUUCAAAAUCUUCACUCUUCCCAGUUUGAAGCCUUUCUGUAAAUACAAAUUGACGGCGCAUGAAGGGGCACGAGUGAGGAGAAUGGCUUUCGCUAACUUCAGUUGCCAAAUGGACGAAGUAAAACAUUCCGAAGUGGACUUACUCUGCUUAACAAACAUGGGCGAUUGUCUAGUACUAAGCAUUCCAGAUCUCAAGAGGCAGCUAAACGCAGCAGCUAUUAAAAGGGAAGAUAUAAAUGGUGUAUCGUCUCUGGUGUUCACCAAAGAUGCUCAAGCAUUGUACCUCCAUUCCUCGUCAGAGCUUCAGAGGCUGUCUUUGGCGACUUGCAGCGUAACUAUGGCUCGAUGUUACUUGCCUCUACCGGCUGGAGCAAGAGAUGACGGCGAACAAGUCGAGGUGGAAGUAGAACACGAGGUAUUGGAAUUAUCAGAGGCCCCUUUAGUCAACGGCAAUGCUGAAAGUAAAGAGGGCAGCGUCGCAGACAAAUCUGAGGAUGCACGAACAAACGGCGACGAAACAUUGCACAACGUGACGGUGUCGAGCAGCGUCGGUGACAUAACCAUCGAUAGCGUAAAGGAUCAUCUCGGUUCAGAUUAAAGAGAUCCAAGUGAGCGAUAUUCUACUGCGAGCCCCAUUGGCAUUGGCAGAAGACGACCCCUAAAUCCACAUUCGGAGGCUAAUAUGCCUCCAAAAUGGUCAAAUGAUAUGCCAUAUCAACAUGAUCAGUAUUUCCCUUCCGCAUAUUUUUAAACGUUUUUUAAUUAAUCACGUAUUACUAGUAUGUAGUACAAACUGUUUUUUAAAAGUAGUUUUAUCUUUUUAUUUAUGUUAGUUACACAAGAUGGUUUGGGAUGAGUGGAAGACAUUGGUUCAACUGGAAAAAAAGUAAUUGUUUACUUUUUAUUGAAACAUUUACCACGUACAAAUAAAAAUGUUAAUAUUCAAAUAUUUGAUAGUUGAAUAUAAGAAGUAUUCGUGAAGUUUGCUACGAAUAAUAAUAGAUAUUGUUCGCGAAAAAAGUGACAGAUUACAUAGUAUUUGCUAUGAUAUUUUUGCUGCAUUGUUGUGUUUAAAAGUUGCGUAUAUGAAAUCCAUGCACGUCAUUAUACAUUGCUCAAAGACGACAUAUUCAUUUUUGAGAUUUAAAAAAACACUGCAACUAACACCCACUAGCUAACCUAAUAUAAUUUAAAAAUUUGCCGUGUUUGCUACAUUUCGCAUCGUUAACCCAUUAAAUAUUCAUUAACUUAACAAAUAUGGCUCAUUGAACAAAACGAAAGUUGAAACUUCCAAUGCCCAUUCCAAACCAUCUUUAAUCUACAAACAGAAAAGUAUUGUGUUGUGUACUUAGUUUAGUUGUUAGGAACUGUAUCGGGACCACUAUUAUUUUCGAAAAAUCAUAAUUUUUCAAAAAUAUUGAUAGCGAAGAUAAGAAAUACUGGUCAAGUUCCGCGAAACUUAUAGAUAGAUUAUUGUAAUAAAAAUUUUUAUAUUUAUAUAUUAAUAUUUUUUGUAUUAAUAAAUUCGUUUUUGGGGUUUUCACUAUUUCGAACAAAAGAGUUUUUGGCUCUUAUUUUCCCAAGAAUUCGUUUUAUUUUACAAGUGCUACAUGUUUUAUUUUUCGUAGGAAGGUCUGAGGUUUAUGUUACUAAACUGAAAAAGUUGUAGCUCUUCCAAACUAUUGUAUAUAUUAUUAAUCUCUUAUAUUGGCAUAUAUUUAUUCUCAAAAUUGGCGGUAUGACAUUAUUUUCAUAAACUACAUAAGAGACUUAAGUUUUAGAUCUGUUUAAAUCAAACAUUACAAGAGUUUUCUUCUUGUGUUUUAUUUGAAGGCAUCUACUGAAGGUAGCUGGUUUUCUUUGUUAAAUCAAAACGCUUUUAUUUAGUACGUUCAAAAACAUACUGUAUAAAACAUGACUUGCAAGGUUUAUUCAUAGCAACGGAAAUAUUACGAAGUGGGUCGCUUUAAAACUUCGAUAAAUGAAAGAGAGCGAAAUUUACGGCUAAAUAUGGAGAGCACGAUUCAAUUACCAUUGUAAAACAAACAUUUUAUAUAAAAUGAAACAAGAGUUAUAUGAAAUUCACAUUUUUGGUUAUACAUAAACCAUGGAUCUUCUUAUAGUUUGUAUUAGACAAUGCUAGGAAGUUAUAUUUUAAAUGAAAUCUUUAUCCACAGUUAAAUUGUUAUCUUAUAACUUAUAGUUGUCAAUUUGUGAGAUAAACUUAAGAAGUUACGAAGAUACGAAAUCUCAUAUAUAACUAAAUUGAGAGAUUACUUUAUCCCUGAAGGCAAGAAGCCAUGGGGAAAUACAAAAGAAGAAGUAAACAGCAAAAUAAUUCAUUUUAUUCAUUAAAUCAUUUUCAUAACAACAUAGUAUUUAAAAUUAAUGGGAAAAACCCCGUAGUUGGCUGUAUACCAUCGUUUAAAAAAACACAGAAGUUAAAACACUUCACACAUGUGUAUUGUGGUAUAAAAACAAACAAAUAUUUAAAACUUUAUAAAAGUGUUGUCAACAUUUAAGUUAUGGCAGAACGUUUUCAAUCUGAACAGAUCAUCCUCAGUGCCUUGUGUAUUUGUUGCUAACAAUUAAGUUGUCUAAAAGACCUCCAUGAAUGGAUUUACAGCAUUCUAAAUAUUACAUUUAAUAAUGUUUUGACUCCAGGUCGAUGACAAUGGAUAGAUUUUUUUAAAAUUACUUUAGGGACUACAUGUCUCCCUGCUCGAAUAUUAACACGUGGUACUUGUCAGUUGAAACGACACAGACCAACUUCAGUUGCUUAAUUUUUAAAUCUCUAUGUAGUUUUUACUAAAGAAUAUUUCUGGUACUUUGUCAUUUCCGGAGGAGCUGGCUGUAAGAUCUAGAAGUUUUGCUUGUUGUGAGUUUCCUCUGGAGAGUAUAUGGGAGUCUUUAUUUUAUUGAUUCAUGGUAAUGUGUUCUGAGUAAUAGACCCCAGAUAUUUAUUGGUAAAUUGCCGUCUGUUUUUAUACCAUCCUACAAUGUACCUUUGCCUUGAAAUUAAAACCGGUCAUGUUAAAUAGAAUUAGUUUAGUCUACACUUUACACAGCUGAAUCUUCGCCUAGAAUAGUGAAUUAUAUAAGUUUAUAAUUUGAUGAUCUUGUUGAUAAGGUAGGACUUCCACUUACUCUAUGGUGUAGAUUUCCCGAAGUUUUCCGUCACGGUGAACUAAGUGCUUUAAACUGACUUCUUCCUGGAUUUUAUUUCCUUUUAAAGUAUUCUUUUACAAAUUUAGUUAUAUGAAUUUUCGUUCUUAUUUUUUCUGUUUUAAACUGUAGUUAUCCCUUUUGUAGAAUUAGCCGUCAGACAAACAAGGUUUUCCUUUAGGCGUUUAUUACACUUGCUCGAUUUGGUUAUGAUCUUGCUAUUUUCAUUGAUGAAUUUUUAGAGUUAGUGUUACCAUCAUUGAUUGGGCGGCAUUUAUAAUAAAACAAUAUAAGGUUGAAUGUUCGAAUAAUUAAACUUUGAUGGUAUACAAGGCAAAUAUCGAACACAGUAAUUUAUUAAAUCUUGCCCAAGUACUUUCGAUCAAUAGAUCAUCCUCAGGGGCAUUUCGUCAGUUGUGGCCUGUCCGACAUGAGCAGAAUGUAAUACAUGUAAAUUUGGACAUAACAAUACAAUACACAAAGACAAACAAACACUUUAAAAUUUUUAAAAAAGGAGAAGAUACAUGUUAUAUAGAAGACGGAGACUUAGGUAGAUAGAAUAACGGUCUCAAUAUUUAUCUGAUCAAUGCUUCAAGUUUGUUUUGGGUUCAUCAUUUCCCACCCUGAUGUUGUCUAAACUAUUAGAGAUUGGUUUCCAUUAAACUGCUCCACGAUGCUUUUUCUUGAGCGGUUGUAAUCCAGUGUCAAUGUCGCAACAUGCCCUGUCCACUUCAAUUUUAGUGUCGUAAUUCGUUGUAUUAUAUCUUGUAAUUUUGUCUUGUUUGCAUUUAAGUCGGUUAUAGAUCUAGUAGAACAAUGAUAUGAGCAGAAACAAAUAAAGGACUUGUUUUAAGAAUUAUUGGUACCUAUAUUUAAUUUUGAUUUAUCAAAAAUGAGUGUUCAAUGGCAGAUUUGUAUUUAGUUAUAGGACAUUUUGACAACUAAAAUUUAUAUAUUAAAGUUAAACAAUUUGGAUGAUUUGAUGAUGUUUAUAUAGUUUGUUAUAUUUUAUUUAUAUUUUUAAUGUGGUAACUGUGGUUAGAGAGAGAUAGCAGCUUUUUUAUCAAACGAAAAACGUGGUGGAGGUUUAGUAUGACUGUGAGCAUGAGGGUCUGAAGUUUUGCUAUUUAACAAAAACGAGAGAGAAAGAACUAUAUGGCCUUAAACGUUUGUUAGUAUUUUAUAUUCGUAUGUUUCACACGGAACAUCACUGCAGUGAAUUUAAUAAAUUUUUUUAUUACG